AUGCAGGCUCGUGUUUAUCGUAGCAACUGCGAGGGAAAAUUCAAGAUGGACGCAACGAAGAAACCAUUGUUAAUACCCCCAGAAUUCUCAAACUAUGCAGAGAAACAUGGAAUUUUUCAGAUUUAUGAGGUGAUAUUUUAAUGCACUUUUACUUAUGGGUCGAAGUGUGCGCUGGCAAAUGAGAUGGCUCUUUACAAAUUAUUAAUUCUCAGCCGCCUGUAAAAGCUAAAAAGCUGCUGGACCGUAAAACUUAGUUUGACCGCUUUAAGCUUUCAGAGGUCUGCAAUUAGAGUAUUCUAAAUAUAAUGUGAUUUUUACAGACAAUUGAUGAAGUUGACAAGAAGUGAGUAACCAUGUCAUGAUAAUUUUUAAUAACUGACUGUGAAAUCCUCAAGGACAAUUUAAGCUUACAUUUAUUUCAUAAUUUUUGUCUUUGUUUUUGCAGUCGCUCUUGACCAAGCUAGUUAUAGAACAACCUGCAGAUCCUUUGUCUUACUUGAUAGGACUUUUGGGCCAAGAUGGCAGUGGUAAGAUUGCAAAUUUAAUUUAGAAAUCAAGUCAAUCAUAUUUUUAUGCAGAUCUCCAUCCUUAGAGGAAGAUUAGGUCCCCACCAAGUCGAAAGUCAGUACCCUAGUUGCAAUCUAACUGCCAGAUAUUAGAUUUGUUACACGGAGAUAUUAGAUUUGUUACUUGGAGUGUCAUGGAAAUUUUCAAGAUGGAGAGGGAUCUUUCAGGUCAAAUUUUUUGGUAGUGCCACAAGGGGAAUUUGCUUCAACCAAUCUGGGUAAAGACACAUCAUCAGUAUGGAAUUUCUGCGUUCAUUUCUCAGAUGUCAUUUCGUGGGGAAACCAGUAGUGGCGUUGCGAAAUGUUGGCUGUUUUCUCAGGCUAAGGUUCGACAAAUUGUGACUCAAAUGUAUGUAGAAGAACCACCAGUAGCCUGCGAAAACAUCUGUUUCUCCUCGCUCUUCUCCGCUGGGGACGUUUCGCAUGUGGUCUUUUGUCUGUCAUUCGUAAACAGUAACUAAAACAAUGUAACUACUCCAUCAACCAAUCAAAGCUUCUGACCGGAUUCCGGAGAGAUUUUACGUCAUCAGUAUGGAAUUUCUAUCUCUGAGUCGCAGACGUUCCUUCGCGCAAAACAUCCCCAGUGGAGAAGAGCGAGGAGAAACGGAAUGUUUUUGCGGGCUAAACCACCAGGUGUAACAAAUCUAAUAGAGACCUAAUAGCAUCAGGUUUUUCACGGGUAACCGCAAACUGCAAUUUGCAGUUACAUGUUUGCAGUUUCGUUUCACAAUGUCAAAUUUUAGCAAGGUGUUCUUUGUUUAGUACCUCUGUUUUGUUUUCUGUUAAGUCAGAGUGCUUGACAUUUUUAUCGCCCAAAAAACAUGAAUAAAUAGUUCAAAAAUCUAAUACGGGUAUUUUCCCUGGCUCUUAGCUAUAAUAUCUAGGUCCCUCAAAUAAAGGAACCUACUUCAUGUCUUUAAACAUGAGGCUGUACAACUCUUAGUGGCCAAAACCCUUGCCGUAAGUCACUUACCACUGAAUGCCUUCCACAUAAAGGAAAAAAUGUACAGUAAUCUAUGCAGGUUUUGUGUUAUUGUAAAACCUUUAAAGCCUAGACCAUAACUGGUAAUUAUUAUUUAUACUGCUGUAGAUGAAACAUUUUUUAUACACAUAUUUCUUUUCAAUCUUUCAUGAAAGUUUAAGAACUAAACAGGAUGCUAAAUAAUUUUUGUUACUAUUAAUACUAGUUCCACAGAUUAUAAUUCAUGGACCUCCAGCAGCAGGAAAAAGAACUAUGGUAAUUUCAUUUUGUAGUAAAUAGUGUGAAUCAAGAUAUACUGCUUUGCUUUUUGGCCAUUACUCUUAAUUUAUGGUAACUUAUUUUUUCGUUUGCAACAGACCAUUAAUUUGCUCGAUGGCAUCAUUUUACUAUUACUACCAGAAUCCUUCAGGAUUUACCAAAUUUAAAUAUUAAAGUAAAAAUAAAAUUAAUUCUGGUCUUAGUAGUAGAAAGACAUCAUCGUGCAAACGGCCUAUUACAGGAAGAUUCAUUGUGGAUGAAAGGCAAUUUAAGCCACAAACAACCAAAUAAAUGCCAAAGAAUGCUUUACAUCCCCGUUGAGUUUCUCUUAAAGUGCAACAUAAACAGAGACAUUAUACCAUGAAAAGGGCUGUGCCAUUCUAGUAAACCCGAUUUGUGAAGAUGACAAGUUCUUGAUGGUUUCAUUGCAGUCUGUGAUGGUCGCCAAGCAUUUCAAUUGUGUCCAUAUUACACCUGAUAAUCUUGUGGUAGAAUCAGAUUCAAAAGCAGCCAAAAAGGUACAAGUAGUAAUAAGCCUAAUGUACUGUACAACUGUAUUAUCUUAAGCCACACUGUUGGCUCUUCAGUUGAUAAAGCAUUGGUCUAAAGAGAAGACAGUCUUGCUGGGUUCAAUUCAUGCAACUAAGGCUGGCCAAGGCCAGAGGAAAUGAACCAAUCUGGCAGGGUUAUUAAUGAAAAGUUUCAUGUCUGUGUUAGUUAAGUUUAAUUUGUUUGAAUGUGUUAUGAUUGACCGACUCAUUCUAUCUGACUGCUUCAGAUAAUUAUGUCUGAUUGGUCCGUCAUGUAUCAUUCAAGCUUGCAUCAGACCCAACGGACUUACUUAAACUUAUUUAUUUUAAGUUGACCCAAAUUACAAUUUGGUUCGUCUCCUGUCAAUAAAAAUUUCGAUUUUUGCCCUGGCGUAAACCCUUUUUGUCUGAUAGUGGCAUUGCCAACAUUCAAAAUUUCCUUUCUGCAAAAAUGUAGAUUUCAAAGAGGUUUCAGUUAAAAGGUAACACCAUGGAUUAAUUGCACAUAGGUGUAAAAGUUAGAUUGACAAAUAUUCUGGCCAUAUUAUGGUCUAAAAGUGAAAGCAUCAAAAUAACUGAAAAAGUAGUUACUCCCGUUUCCCUUUUUAUGCAAGUAGCUAAACCUUGGCAAGGCUCUGAUGACCACUUAUUAGAAAAUGUGGUGUUGUCUCCAGGGGUAGAGAUAAAAGGAACUUCCUCAGUUAAUAAUUGUCAUGCUAAAUGUAUUGAUUCUUGAUUGAAUAAAAGCACGCUUGUAACUUCCAUUUUGCAUGAGCAAAUAAACUAGAUCUUAAUUUGCUUCUGGUUUUAGUUUAUGUCUUUAUAUCAGUAUUUGAGCAAAAAUGUGUUUUUUUUAAUUUGAUAAUUUUCAAUGUAUAUUUUAUAGGCUCAAGAGUAUAUGUCAGCCAAAGAGGUAACAUAAUUACUACAUUCAAUUCACAAAUACAUAAAAAAAUCCAAUACUCAUUGUUAAAGUUUUGUUCAUUACAGUGAAACCGGUUGUUCGUUUGCACGCCACUUUGCAAUAUUGUCACGCAAUGUUGGUAUUUUGAUUGGCAGUUUGCUCCGAGCAAGUUGCGAGCUCAAAUUUCAACUUGCUAGUAAAAGCGGGAUGUUUCGGGUACUGUUGCAGUACUUUGAAGACAGGUAAAUACGCCAGUUUUUAUGUACAAAACCCAAUUACCGAUUUCACGGAAUUACUAGAGCGAGUGAAGAAAGCGGUUCCUGUUCUCAAAUUUAUCCCAGACUACCAAAUCAGGAUCUCGUACAAGGAUGUACAGUUGGGGAUUUUUGUAAACAUCGAUUCACAUGAACAGCUGCACUUGCAAGAAACUUUCCGAAACGCAUUUCCUUGUGGUUCUGACUCUUACAGGCGAGUGCACCUGAAAGUCAGGGAAAGUGACUCACCAUUUCUCCUGAAAAGUUCUCGAAGCUCACAGCCACUACCACAAGAAACUGAGCACACGAAACCGAGCGUCGCGGAAUCGAAACUCGAACCGAAACACUUUUCACACCAUCUGAUGAUUGUCAUGAGUCAGAGCUGGCUAGCACUUUCAACUGGAAGGAUUCUAAGAAAGAACAGUUGUUUUAGCCCGACGACCAGAGAAAUUACUUUUUCCCUCUUUGAAACAGAGGUAAUGUUGCUUUCCAUCGCAGUCAACUAUUCCAAUAUGAAAAACCGUUUGCUCAGGCAGCAAAUUGAAAUUUGAAUCGCAACUUGCUCGAAGCAAACUGCCAAUCAAAAUACCAACAUUGGGUGACAAUAUUGCAAAGUGGUGCGCAAACGAACAACCGGUUUCACUGAAAUUACCCAGCAUUUACAGGGUGAAUAUAGCUGUUUACUUUUAGUUUUAAUUACCCAUAAUUUAUGAUGUUAUUUCUCUUUCUUUUUAGUUUCAAUUUUCCUUUUCAUGAUCAUUUUGCACAAAACUAAUGAGAGCCAAAUAUUUCAUUUUCAGUCAGUUCCCACUCAUGUUUGGGUCACCUUGAUCAAAGAAAGACUUUCCAAAGAAGACUGCAUCAGUAAGGUAUGCUAUAUACUAAUGUAUGUACAUAAACAGUUCUGAAAGAAACAUAAUUAAAUAACCCUUGGUGUAUGGUGAAAGUACAUGCACUUUGCUACACCGACUUGUUUUCAGGCAGUCCACUCAAAUACAUGUAGUUUCAUUAAAUUGUAGAAAAUUCUGAUUUCCAAAAUUAAGAGAACAAGCAUGACCUUUCAAGGAAUUAUUAAAGUUGGGAUUCCACGAACAAAUCAGUCUGGACUCAAACUCAACAUAAUUGGGACCUUUGUAUACAUGCAAUACAAUUACCGGUACAGUUGAACCUCUCUACAAUGGCCACCUUGGGGACAGAAGAAAGUAUACUCAUUGUAGAGAGGUGGCCAUUGUAGAGAGGUUUUAAACAAAAGUCAGUGUAUGGAUUUUUGUCCGCUGGGAUGAAAAAAAGUGGCCGUCGUAGAAAGGUGGACAUUAACAGAGGUUUGACUCUACAUGUAUAUGUAUUUCACUUUUCUAGAGUCAGACUAGUGCACUGAAGGUCUCCUCUUUAUGGUUCACAUAAUAAAGUGCAUUUUUCAUGGCUGACUGUACAGAAACAAAAUAGUAAUCAUUGAGUUAGCUUGAGCUCAAAACAUAGAAAAAUCUGUUGUCCUGGGGCAAAGAGAACCAAUGGCACAUUAUAAUAUUUAGAACUUCUCACAGGGGACUCUGAUUUUUGCCUCUUUUUUUGCAGGGCUGGUUGCUUGAAGCUUUUCCACAAACAAGAGAACAGGUUUCUUAUGCAGUUUUUCUUCUGAACUUAGUUUAUAAGUAUAGGGCUUUUAUAACAUUAUUUUCUUUUAUUUAAAUAAUAUGGUAUUUGCAUGGGAUUGUUUUUUUAAUGUUACCCUGGAAAAGACUUGUAAAUACACAAAUGAUUUUUUUAUUAUUAUUAUUUUUUCUGGGUGGGGGUAGGGGCUAGCAGUUUAUUAUUGCAUUUGGUUUGUUAAAGUGGGAGUUUGAAUUUUUUAAGUGUCCAGUGGAACCACAGGUGGCCCAAGCUCAAAAUAUGACCAUCAGCACUGUUGUAUAACGUUCAGAAUAUAAGGAUUUGUAUGGGAGAAAAAACAGUUGUUUGUGUAGUCUACGAAUGUAAAAGGAUUGAAAUAAAAAAAAGGCUAACCUCACUGGAGUGGAUCAUUCUAAUUAUGUUUCUGGGAAACUGCCCACCUACCCCUCCCCAAAGCUAUUGGUUUUCACAUGUAACUUUUCAUACAUUUGUCCAUGUGAGAUUUAAACAAGUUCUAUUUUUCAUUGUUACUAUCUCUAGGCUCAAGCACUACAAGCAGAGGGAAUGAUGCCAAAACAUUUUGGUAAGGUUUGAUAACUUGCUCUUUUUUCAAUACUUUCUCUUUGGUUUCUAAACUAAAAAGAGACAAGCCCUUCUCUAAACAGACAAGUUAAAUAUGAGAUUAUUUCUUCUUUACUUAAAUUACCAUCAUAAGGGCUCAUUGAUUUGCAGAGUAGAAUUUUCUAGAUUCUACACUCAAAGUGAAUUAUUUCACCAUUUUCAUGAGUUUAACUAUUUACCAUUUAAGAACCACAAGCAACCUCAUUCCCAGGGUCCUCUCCUACUCGCCACUGGUCCGAGUGAGGUUGCUUUUGGUUCUAAAAUGGUAAAUGGUUAAAUUUUAAUUGAUAACUUUUUCAUGUGUUCUUAAAGUUCCUUACCAUUUCAUCAAGCAGUGAUGCAUUAGCUGUCAGAAAGUAUAAUCUACUUUGAAUGGAUAUUUAUAAUUUUUAAAAAACGUGCAUUGUGAUUAUUUUUAGUGCUUCUUGAGGCUCGAGACACAGUCCUGAUAGAAAGGGUGAUGGGCAAAAGAAUUGACCCUGAUACUGGAGGUAGGAUAUUAUUAUUUAUUACGACAGUAAUUAUUUAUAACAAGAUGACCAUAAAGUUACUUACAGUUAUUCUAGAGAAUUAUUUGGUUGUUACACCAUAAAAGUCUCAAAAUAAGCCCUCCGACCACAGUUGUAUUCCCCAAAUUCAAACAUCAAAAUGCCUCUUCGUCUUCUCAACACAUGUCCCUGAAGCUUUUAUUUCGCAUUUGCCCUCAAAUACACAAUUAGCCUGUGAAUACAGCCAUCUCUCCUCACUCGUUUCUGCAAUGGACAUUUUGAUGCUCUCAUGUUCAAUGGUGAUUUCCACUCCCCUGGGCAAAGGGUCUCUAACUUUUGGACAGAGCUUCCACUCUUUAGAAUGCCCAAAGUCCAAAUAAUUUAUUCAUAUACAAUUAUGCUAACAAUAGUAAAAUAGAGGCCAAACCAAAGGAACUCUUUCAAAUGUUUUAAAACUACAAAUUAAGUGUUCAUAGUUGACCACCUGAGUUAAAGGGUAAAUGAUUAGGUACACGCAGUUAAACCUCGGUAAUAGAUAGAGACAACAAAAGGAACGGACCCAUCUGUCCUUGUUCAGCUGCUUAGUUUAGAGGUUGGAAAUGUAUGUCUAUAAAGAUUAGUAUCUUUGAACUGGACCAAAAGAACUGUCUGUUAUAGAGUUUCCAGUGAAUUCCUUAGAAGCAAAAUGCACAGUAGAACAGCUGUAAAGAUAAUGAUAUAUUUUUUCCAGAUGUGUAUCAUUCAACAUUUGACCCUCCUACUGAUGCUGCUGUAGUUCAGCGCCUUGUUCCUGAUCCCAAGUCCUCUGAGAAAGUUAUGAUUGAAAGACUGAUGGAGUACCACAGGUAAGCAGUGAUUGUAUUGAGGCCUGCUUCAGCUGAUAUUCAAACAUGAAAGCAGCAAGGGAGAAACACAAGAGGUUUCAUGAAAGUGGAAAAAAGAAACAACCUAGAUGGUUGAAAAAGAACCGCAAAAAAGUUCAAGCUAGACCGGGAAUGGAACCCUGGCCUUUGCGAUGACCGGAUGCAACACUCUAUCCAUUAAGCUAACCAAGUCAACUGGAAAGCAGGCUAUUGUGAGUUCUUAAUAUUCCCGAUGGUGGAAAUGAUAUGAAUUGAAACAAAUGAAAUGACUCAUAUUUUUUAACUGUCUGGUUAGCCCGUGUGAUAUGGGUUUGAAGGGGACAGAUCAGAGAAAUUGUGUUCGCAAGAAUGCAAAUGGGGCAUGAGGUAAGGAGGAUGGGAAGGAAACUCUUCCAUCCUCCCUUCCCCCUCCCUUGCGCAACCAGUUUCCUCUUUCUCUCCUGUUCUACAGGCUACUUUGUAUUAAGGUAGAGUUAUAAAUCAACAAUGUAAGUGACGUUCGUUACAAUGUGAGUCUCUAAGGAACACCAAAAAUUUCGUGGAGUACUACCACCUCCGCGCGUCCGCCACCCAGGGUAGUCUUUGUUUUCCCCUUGAGCCCCACUGAACAGCCAAAAUUGUGUAAACAACUAAUGCAUAGCUAUUUUUAUGAAUUUUUACGCAGACAUAUUGAUGGCAUUUUAAUGUGUUAUGAGAAGAUUUAUAAAUCUGUCAAUGUUGAUCAGCCAAAAACAGAUGUCUUUUCACAAGGUGAUCGAUAUUGUUUUUGAUUUAUUGAGGUAUAACGUCACAUUAUAUAAUGAACAUUUCCUAUCCAGGACUUAUAAUAUGAACAUUGUUUAUUGUUUAUUGUUUAUUGUUUUGUUUGCCAAAAAUUAUACAAAUCAAAUAAAUCUAAUUACCUUAACUCUCAUGGCGAGGAAGCCCAAGAGAAGCCACCGGGCUUAUAAGGAAUGGGCUCCCUCAGUUAGAUAAUUAGAACAAAAUAUUAUCAUAAUUACACACGGGAAAAUCAAUGGCAGAGCUACAGUAAAUCUUAAAAUAAGUAUAGUAGAUAGUCGUACUAAUCAUAGUUCUAGGCUAAAAAAAGCGAAAUGACAAAAAGAAAAAAACUAAACAAAACAAAACAAAAGAAAAUAAAAGAGCAAAGGAAGAAAAAAAAAUUUCAAAAAAGACAUAUAUAUAUAUAUAUAUAUAUAUAUAUAAAUUACUAUUUAUGAUAAGAGGAAUGCUUUCAGCUUACAGCAAAAGGAAGCGGUACUUGUUGCAUUUCAAAUUUCAAAACUAAGAGAGUUAAAAAAUUUAGGACCUUGGAAACUGAUGGAGAACUUUCUUAUAUUAAACGGCUUGGAAACUAAAAUUUGAUAGCAUUUUGUUUUGAAUAAGGGUAUGGGCAUGAUUUUCAGUUGAACAUGCCUAGCGAGCGUAAAAAUCGCAUCCAGUCUGAGGAUUAAUGAGAGAGGGAAAAUUUUAUAUAUUUAGGCAUGACAAAAUUCAAGGGAACAUUGGUACUUAGAAAUAACAUCUCAUAGGCAUGAAAAAAAUGGGUUCAUGCCCUCGCAGCCCAAAAUUGACCCAGCCAACCUUAGGUCCCAGAUCUCUCGCCGGGUUGAUCAUUCAUUCCCAGUUUUUGCUCCUCUGGUUUGGCAUGCCGGGCAUGCCGAUGGUGAAGCCACUUGGUUUUGGCAUGCCCGGCAUGCCAGGCAAGAAAUUGGCAUGCCCAGCGAGACUGAUUUUGAUUUUCGCUUCAGCAUCAUAUCCUGAGAAUCACAUAUAAUCGCCAAAUAUAUCUUAGGGAGCUUGAAGUUACAGCUUUCAAUCCUGGCAAUAAAUGCAGAUUAUAACAAAAAAGUCAUGUUUGUCACAAUGUGUGUCACGGGAUCGACUGGCAAAACUGAAGACAGAAGCCUGGAUUUAUAAAUAAAAAGCACAACAAAACAACAUUAUUCAUGAAUAAAAUAGAAUACUUAACUUGCAAUCAAAGAUCAAUCCUUUUAUUUCAAACCGAUACUGACAUUUCUGGGUCCAGAUUUAAAUUUGAUCGCGGAAAAGCGUCUUAAACAAUAAGAUAACAAAUCUUCUCAGUAUGAACUUAUCCAUGCUUAAGUUUUAUGGCGUCGGAAUGUUUCCCGGCCGACAGCAUUAAAAGACUGGUGAAAAUUAAGCUUACCAGGUCUUUCAAGUCAGUACGAGAGUACGACGUUAAUACUGCAAAGACGUUCUGAUUUGGUGAAUUUGGACUGCCUUCUCAGAGAGAUUUUGCUUAGUUUUUCAGUGCGCUCCUUGUCGGCUAUGCGAAUCUCGCAAACUGUUUUACUCCUUGCUGACGAUAGUCCUUUGAGCAACGUCAUCUGCGUCAUCCGAAGAUACCCCGAGCACGCACGAAAUGGGCCGAAUUUCCGCAGAAGUUUUUUCGGAUGACGAUGAAUCUAGUUUGUUGUAGCGUGGCAGUUGUCGCGUCACGAUGUCGUCAUGUCUCUUCGCACUUGUUUGUCUUUUUUUUCUGCGGUGCAUGGUUGAGAUGUUGGUGAAUGCUGAACAAGAAAUGGACUCUGCGAGAGACUGUAAGUACAAAUUUAGUAUUAAUUUGGUAAAGAAAAAGCCUGAAUAUUGAACAAAUCCCGUGAAUUAGCCUUUAGGCAUUCAGUUUAUCUUGCUGUUGAACAUGCCUAAGAACUCCGGCAUAAGUGGUUGUCAUCUCGUUCACUUCGGAUUGUUUCUGUUUGUAUGUCUUGUAAUCUUCUUCUGCUGCUAAGAAGACUAGAGAAAACUUCAAUAAUAAGAAACCAAAAAAAAAAAAGUCAGAUCUAAUUUUAUAGCUCGAGUAUAAUUAUUUUUGGCACCUACGGUCAUAUUUUUUUCACUGUACUGGUAAAGUUACUUAUUUUUUGCUGCAUAGUUUGACUGUUGUUUGAAAGGCAAUCAAACGGAUAUUACAAUCACUUUUGGAGACAAAAUAAAAUAUCCGUAAAUCAAAUGCCAAAAUCAGAUUUGGAUUUCGCUUUAAAAAAUGAACAUGCCGCGUGUGUCAAUGCAAAGUUGUAAACAACUCAAUAUAAGCAGUCUGUGAAUGUGCGUUUAGGUCCACAAAACUAAUUUUUUUUUGGACAUCUCAUCCAAGCAAAGACUUAAGGCUUACAUUGCUUGUCUACGAGUGUACUACAAAUUGCUUUGCUACAGUAAGCCUCUGAGAGGCGAUUCUGGUAAAUUUAUAGGACGCUAAAAUGCAAAUAAUUCUAAGCUUAAACAACCUGGCUGGGUCCGACUUUUGAAUUACAAAAUGUUCACGUUUGCCGGCUCUACUUUCAAUGAACAUGGUUUUUGAAAUGAUUUUGUACUAUUUUAUGAUUAAAUUAUGAUUGGGUUAUAAAGCUUUUUAAAACGGACGAAAACUAAGCUAAUAAACAUGUUCAAUGUAAAAACUAAGAUUUAGUCGCUUUUUCAACUUUGCUUUGUGGGCCGAAAAAUUUACCUUUACGCAAAAACAAAAGCAAACAAUGAGGCUUUUAUUCGACAUAUUUUCUGAGAAUUUUAUCUGAUCAAUUUAAUGUCACUAGCAUUAUUUUCGUAUAGGAAUUUUCCUAAUUAUGUGAGCUUUUAAUUUAAUAAUUUUGAUGCUCUAUAAACUUCUCAUUUGAUAGCCUCACUUUUUUAUACACCGAUUGAGAAACAAAUUCGCACUCGUUAAAUCCUGUUUUAUGACCUAUUUAUUAGAACACUAGGUAACAUACGAAAUGGUGUAACCGGACAGGCUUUAACCUUUGGUCCUAAUUUAUUUUUUCUUCGCAACCCCUAAUCAGUUGACCGGCCGUGAGAGAAUAUCGUCACAAAAAGAUGCGAAAAAGUUUUCGCUGAGUUUCCUUCACAUAUUCCGGCUUUAUAUGGGUCUACACCUUACCUGUUUAAAAAUGAAACUGUUGUUCUAUUAAGUGUCAGUCAAACUCGGUAUAAUCUUGACUUGCAAAUCCAAAUGCAAAGGUUUAUUUCGCAGUAGAAAAGCGUGUAAACAUCAUCGAACAACGCAAUGUAAAUUAGCUAAUGUGAAACCACGUUUCUUUCACUUUAUUUACCAUGCAUUUAUCUCAAUUGCACACUCUUCUGAAAUUAGCCUCAGACAAUUAGUUGCAACCUUUAACAGACUCAACAAGCCAGUAUGAAAAUAUGUUAAGAGAAGCUGAGUCUACAUGUUUUAUUUCUUUUUUUUCAUAUUGCCCUUGCAUGUGUUAACAUUCCAUUUCUUUUUUGUUACAGGUAACUUCCAGACAUGACGAGGAGAUAAUUACUUUUCUAGAGAGCAAUUCUUUGAUACUGUCAGUUAUUACUGACUUACUUUGAGUUAAAAACAAAGAACACAGACACUGGUAAUGACACAAAAACAUUAAUCCCUGGCAAGCCUACAAAACAAGAAAGAGGAACUCAGACUUUCUAACAGCUUUUCUAACGUAGGGAAAAUUGCGUUAGAGAGAUUUGUAAUUGCAACGUUAUAUUCAAGCACAUUGCAUUGUCAAACAUCAUAAUUUACUGAAUAAUGAACAAUGAUUUUGGGGCUUAGCUCAGUUUGUAAUGAACUUUGAAAGAUAUUCUAUAACCUUGUAUUUUUAAAAGCUUUCAUGGAACAUAGAUGCAUUUUAUUAUACAAUGAAAAUAGUCUCUGUCUCUCUUUUUACUGAUUUCAGUCAAUUCCAUUUUAUUCCCAAUGUGAAAUGGGAAUCCUAUUAAAGAGUCAUUAAAAGGGGUGGAGUUUUUACAAUCCCCAACGGGUCAUCUCCACGAUGACGCUGUUUUAUUACUACGGACGAAUCCCUCAGGGUUUUACUUGCUUGUGAAAAUUAGAGCUUUUGUUAUUUAAAGUUCUCUGGGACAACCAAAUCUAUGAAAAUGAAAGGAAUAGCAAUGACGUCAUCGUGUAACCGUACAUCAAAAGAUAAGCACUGUGAUCUGUUUAGUUUUUUUUUGUUUUUAGCCAGGCUUAAAAUAUCUGUAGAUUCAAGGAAUUAUAACCUGUGCGUUGAGAGCAUGCCAGAGACCAAUUUUGGCAUGCCCGGCAUGACCCAGAUUAUGGCACGCCCGGCAUUCCAGAGAAUUUAGCAUGCCGGGCAUGUCAGAAAAUUUGGCAUGCCCGGCAUGCCGGAGAUUUUGCUGGGUAUGAAUUACUUAUUACUAGAACCUAGGCUUCUCGCGGCCUGGGUGAGAAGGUCACAGAACCUCAAAUUAUGCUUACAGGGCAUGCGAAAUUCUGUUGCAUGCCAAUUUCAAUGCAAAACCACUCUGGGGCCACCCCCUCUAUUACCAGUGAGCAAAUCAUUGACGAUAGGCACGCGAAAAAUCCUUGCAUGCUAACCAACAAUGAAAACAUAGCAGAAAUGUCCUCAAUUGCUGAGUCAUGCCCUAGGGGAGGCUUUAAAAUACAGAAUUUCCUGACAUGGAUGAGGGAAUUUUCCGUAAACAGCAUGUGAUCAUGCCGGCUAGGACGUAUUGCCUCCGUAUUGCCCCUUUUUACAGCUAGCUAGGAUCAUUUUUAGGUUCCAUGGCCUGAAAUGACGAAAAAUUCAUGCCCUAAAUGUAAAAAGUCCUAAAACGUCCUCGAAAUUUUAGUUUCCAAGCCGUUAUUAGUCCUGCAUUGUGGUAAAUAAAAAUGCUCCGAACUUCUAGUGCCAUAAGAAUGCACCUGGCGUGUCACCAGAAACAUGUUAUUGAAGCUAUAAGGAAGUAAGCCAGAUCUGUAUUGAUACAUAAAUUUUCCUAUUUGAAGUUUGUAGAUACUCUCAAGAUUCAGAAUUUUUAAAUUUUUAAAUAAGGGGUCAGUGUGAGCAUCGAAAGCACUCCUCGACAUUAUUCUUACGACCCGUUUUUGAAGUGUGAUUAAUCUUCUGAGGUUUGAUGGGUAGGUCGAUGCCCAGACGCUCACGCAGUAGAAUAAGUAUGGGUAGAUAAGGCUAAAAUAAAGCAUCCGUAAGGAGGAAUUAUUAAGGCAAAAACUUGAUUUAUAAAUUAUACCUAUGGCUUUAGACACUUUCCUAGCAACAUUAUGUAUAUGUGAUUUCCAUGUUAAAUGUUCAUCCAAAAUUACACCAAGAAAAGUAGCUUCCUUAACAUGGUCAAUCGAAUAAUUACUAAUAAUAAAAGCUAAAUCAAUGAAUGAAUGUAUUUGAUUUACAAGAUCAAUCUACCUCGGGGAAACUUUCAGGAGCGCAAAUCCAGUCGGGGACACAGAUAUUUUUAUAAGUCACACGCUCAGCGGCGACUUCACAAAAAUCAAGUCUUUCCCACGAGUGAGCAUUUUUCACCUUUCGGCAUGUUUCAUUGCGUCCAGCCUGUUCGCGCCACGCGUCACGCGACCCGUAUAACGCGUAAAAAGAAAGUGGCGUAGACUACAAAAAGUGCCUCAUUUUCUCAUGGAUAGUAGACCGAGAAGCGGGCGAAUUACCCAAGUGCGCGUAAUCGCCACCCGUGAGGAAGAUGACACGCGGAAGGAAUUUUCUCUCCUUCCUCCGCGUCUCGCCUCUCCUCGCGCGCAGGGUUUUUCACGCGAGCCCGCAUGUUGCGUCCGCUCAACUAUCCCUCAGGAAAAUGAGUGUCUACUCGGUAGUCUAAAAGCAGUGCGGCCUGAUUCAAAGAAGAAGAUACCGCUAUUAGAACAAAGGCAACUCCAAGCCAAGGGAUACUAUAACUUGACGGUGCUUAAAAGUGCUGUAUCAUGAAAAUUUUCCCAAGAUUUGAUGCAGGCAAAACUAGAAUUUGGUUACGCUCGCUGAUGCAUAAUGGUGAAACUGCUGCUUGAAUUUCGUUCUAGUGUACUUUAAACAUAGUUAGGGAACCUGCGCAUAUGACAACAAGCGUGUCUAUCUGACUGUUGUAGUGAUGGCCUACCUAAAGAUGAAUCACCGAGAUAGCGCUCCUCAUACUCCCAGACUCAUUCUUUUGGGUCCUACUGGGUGUGGUAAGAGUGUACAGGCUGAACUUCUGGCCAGCAAAUACGGACUGGUGAAUGGUAAGUUAACACAAAAAGUUUAUGAGCAAACAUAUUUAAUUUAUGGCCCUUCGUUGUGCUGUGCACGACGCCUCUUUUUGCGCUAAAAAUUGUAGUCCCUCGUUUGUCAAUCUUCAAGCUGCCAUGUAAAACUCCUUUUGGUUGUGAGAUUGGGUUGGCAAGUGCACGUCAGUUUUCAGUUUUCUAAAUAUUUCGACUUCAUUUCAGACACUUUUAAAACCCUUUCAGUCAUAAAAGUGACCAAAGUAAAAACCAGUAAGUUUUUUAUGUUGUAAAACCCUAAGAAACAAAUAGUGCUAUGCAAAAGGUCUGCGAAAGAGGUUUCAGUUGAGUGGUAACAUAAUAAGUUUUCGUCCAAAGACUCAAAAGUUAGAACAACAUACGAAAUGAAUAACAGUACAGUAUAUGAUUGCACUGCUAGAGAGGUUUCAUUUGAAUGGUAACACCAUAGAAUUUCAUACACAGAUUUGAACGUUAGAUUGGCAAAAAGUAUGACUUGAUCUUUAAAAACAGUUGUAGUAAAAACGCGAAGCAGUUGAAUAUGAAUUUUCAAAAUGUACCUUAAAGUGACUUCGUUUACUAAUGUCGCUGCCUAUGGUCUUUACCUUGUUAUGGCGUUAGUAAAGGGCUAUCGAUCUCUGCAAAUGCAUGGUUGACUCACAAGGUACAUUUAUGUUACCCUCAAAGCAAGGAAUAAUUUAGCUACAUGUAUUGUAAUAUGCAGUAGACAUUAUGAAACACUAUGCUCUCCACGCAAGUUACCUAUAUGGAUACCAUGCAUCACAUGUGAAAUUCAAAAUAACGACGUUGUGUUUGUUUCCUUUUAGUUUCUUGUACAGAGCUGAUUAAACAGUCCCUUGUGGAUGAUUCAAAGCUUGGCGAGGCUGUGAGACCAUAUGUGGAGCGAAAAAUGCUAGGUAAGAAGAUAACACCCUCCUUUUGUUCAAUUGAUUUCAGUACACAUAAGGUACGAGUGAAGGCCGUAAAGUGAUCCUUCUUGUGGUCGCCAGCCUGAGAAAAUAGCCGACGAACGCACACUGGUUUCCCCGCGAAAUGUCGUCUGAGGAACGAGCGCAGAAGUUCCUUACUGAUGACGUGUCACUAGCCAAAAGCCAGGUAUGGGUAGUGUUUCUGAUUGGUGAUUCUGCCAGGGAAAUUUGCUUUAACCUACCAUAAGCGGGACUGCAAAACAGUCGGGUUUUUUUCUCAAAAUCAGUAAAGAAGUCUGUAAAGCGUGGCGUAAGAGUUACGCGCGCGAAGGGCGCGACCCUCGGGCGUGUGAUGCGAGAGGGAAAAAACGUAUUUUUACCGUCUCUCCCUAGUCUCGCUCUCUGUUUUCAGCCUCGUUUCAGACCGUUUGUUUGACCGUUGGCGCGUGCCUGAAUACGCAAAAAUAUGGACUGUUUUGCAGUCUAACCAGUUAAGCAGUGCGCAGAUCUGGACGGUGACACGUCGUCAGUACGGAGUUAUGGCGAUUGUUCCUCAGACCUUAUAUGGCGGGGAAACUAGAGGUGGCGUCUCUUGAAUAUUGUCGAAAUCUUUCCGUAGUCGUCUUCAAAGAUACAGCCACUAAAUGUUUCAUUUUCUUUUCCUUUACUUCCUAGUCCCCGAUGACUUAGUUCUUCAGUUGCUACGAAAUCGCCUGGCACAGCUUGACGCUGUCACAAAAGGCUGGGUAAUACACGGCUUCCCCAAAACCAGGGAGCAAGCAGAGUCGUUGACGAAAGCUGGCUAUGAACCCAAUAGGUACACAAGCCUGAAUACGUUCGCUCAAUCUUAUAACAGAAUAUACAGUGGUCACAUAGCUGUAUGUAGAAUUGUUAAAUGGAUGCUUUUCUUAUAUUACGCCUCGAUUAUCGCAACAGUGUCCUCUUUGGACCUUAAGUUGACUAUGAAUUAAAGCUACAACGAAUUCCAGAGCAUCGCAAUUAACUAAAUUAACUAUUAAAAAUGGCGCUUUUCUUAAAAGAGACAUGGCAAGUUUUCUUUAAAAUUCAUUUAAAUUGCAGUGGCAUCGAAUGUCCAGAAGCAGAGCAUGCCAUAGUUAAGGGGGAGCUACAGAAAAUGACCUAAAACUGUAAAAGCCUUAUGCAUGUUGACGCCAGAGUUCAAGUUUUAUCCCCGACGUGCAUCGUUUGUGGACAGCUUGAUUUUUUUUCUUUUGCAUUUGCACUGUUGGGGCGUGAGUAUUCUUUUUCAUUAAACUGUCCUGAGAAUUCGUUGUUGUGAAACCUUUCUAAGUUGAAAAUUUCAAAACGAGGCUUGGUAGUCAGUAAAAUUUGCGAGUCUUACUUAAGCACAUAUGAGGACAUUAUGUGAUUACUCAUCAGUGUUGUUGACUGUUUUAAGGGUGGUGUUUAUGGACGUACCAACAGACACUAUCGUUGAGAGACUAACCUUGAGAAGCGUAGAUCCAGUUACAGGGGAAAGGUGAGUAUUGGGACUUCAAGUAACCUCUUUAAACAUAUUCACUGUUGGUUUUGCCCCGAGCAUGAAUAUCUUAGUUGAUAAUGGUAAAAGGACUGAGUGGAAUCCAAUUCGGUCUGUAAUCAUACAAGUGAUUAACAUAAUCGGGCGACGGCGUAGCGGGAUCAUGAGAAUGGUUACAGACCGAGUUGGACGACACGAAAUUCUGUUGCCAAUUAUUCAUAACUGUAACAAAAUUUGUGAUAUUUUUGACCUAUUUUUAAAUUAAAAAACAUGAAAUUCCAAGCGUUUUUUGUUAGCGGUAAAAAAAGCCAUUGAAGUGUACGCGUGCGAUGGCGCGUUCUGUCCAAUUACUUAGGCAUGACGCGUACUGUCCUAUUACACUGUUCUUUUAAUGCUGAAAUCAGGACAGAUGAUAGCCAAUCAUAUUUGAGAAUUUUGUUAUAGUUAUGAUUAACUGGGAUAUAGCGCUUUUGUAGUGUUUCACCCAGCAAUUCUGGGCCGUUAACUUUCAAUCGGUUUACUGUUAUUCCGGGUUAUCUAGACCCUGUUUACACGGGUGGGUCCAGACAACAGCCAGAAACUUGAACCGAUCCGCCUUUCGUUUACACGGGGACAGGCGGAACAACUUUUGACCUGGUCAGAAGUACGGACUCGUGUAAACAGCACUACAAUCUGUGACAGAAUUUGCACGGUUCCGUGUAAAGGGUUUGCACAGAUAAAAAAUUCUUCCGUUCACAAAUUUCCCCACCCCGUGUAAACGGCGUCUAAACUGGCUCGAUUAGCGUUUUUAGGGGCCGCCCCUACAAUACAUCAAUACCUCCCAAGUUUAGGCAUUAACUAGAUCGUUAUUAACAAGGAUAUCGGAAAACCGUCACCCGAAUUGUUUGAGAUAAAGAUAAUAAUGCCUCAGUAGUUUCGCUCUCAAAAAUAUAACUAUUUUAAAACGUGUGAAAAUAGUUGAUAGGGAUAGAAGAAGGGUUUGAUGAGCUUGCGUCAAGGAGCUCUUUUUAUGUGGUUGGUGUACUGCAAAUAUGAAAACUGUGUGAUUAUUUUUUUAAAAUUGAUCUAUUUGAGGUUGAUUAUAAUUUUGUACGUCCUUAAAGUUUUAGGACUUUUAAACCUUGAAGGCAUAAAAUGAAGCCCUCCAAUGCCCUUUUAAUUGUCACAGAUUCUGUGUUAUGAGAGUUCGUUUUAUUCAAGGGCUUGUCAAAUAAUUAUUCACUUCUUUUGGCUUGUUAGAUAUCACUUGAUUUACAAUCCACCUCGAACAAAUGAAGUUAAACAACGGUUACAAACGGUGAGUACUCUGUUUUUAUCAAAUUUUCAAAAAAAAAUUGUUAGUUAUGGGCCAGUUGUUCAGAAAAUAGGUAAAUCACUAUCCAGUACAGUGGAUUUAACAGUGGAUAACUAUUAGGAAAACUCCUGAGGAAAACUAGUUGCGUUAUCCAGUGGAUAGUGAUUUAUCCGGUGGGUAGCGCUAUCCGCCUUUUGAACAACUGGCGCUUGGACAACUUUCUGUUCUGUUUCGAUUCAGAGCCCAAAAGACGUAGAAUCAGCGGUUAACCACCGGAUGGCCGAGUACCAGGCCUACAUUGAGGAAAUCGGAGAGUACUACGAGGGGACUGGGGAGCACAUCAAUGCUGAUCAAGAUAUACACACCGUGUUUGAGUGUAUUGAGAGUAUAAUAGUAAACCCAAUACCACGAAAGGAGUAAUAUCACUGGAGUAUGGAGGCUGCAUGGAGUACAUUUGUAAACGAAGUUGUAAAUAUUACCAAACACUUGGCUUUGAAGACACUGUAUCAUAGACAUAACUGAAACCUUUUUUAAAUUCCAGUUGUCGAAAUCUUGUUCUGGAGAAUCGCAGCUGUUGUAAUAAAUGAACGCCUGGCUGUAAUAAACGAUUUUGAAUUUGC